GACGUCAUAAGGCUGCGACAAUCCAGCGCUGUGAUUCAACUGGAGAAAGAUGGCGUUUAUUAAAGAGGAGAGUGAGGAUGUGAAGAUUGAAGAAACAUUCACAGUCAAACAGGAAAAUCUGCAGGAACAAACAGACCUAAUUGAAGAGAAUGAGGGGAGGAAAGAGGAGGAACAUCAUGUGAAAAUUGAGGAAAAAACUCUUUUACAGACUGAUGGUAUUUUGAAAAGGAGAGAUAAGAAUCGUUUCACCUGCACUCAGUGUGGAAAGAGUUUGGCAAGCAAAAGCAAACUUAGGAUUCACAUGAUGAUCCACACUGGAGAGAAACCAUUCACUUGCACUCAGUGUGGGAAGAGUUUCAGCCAAUCAUCAUCCCUUAAUAAACACAUGAUGAUCCACACUGGAGAGAAACCAUUUACUUGCACUCAGUGUGGGAAGAGUUUCAUCCACUCAUCAUCCCUUAAACUACACAUGAUGAGUCACACUGGAGAGAAACCAUUCACAUGCACUCAGUGUGGGAAGAGUUUCAGCAUAUCACCAUCCCUUAAUCUACACAUGAGGAGCCACAGUGGAGAGAAACCAUUCACAUGCCCUCAGUGUGGGAAGAGUUUCAGCCAAUCAUCACACCUUAAUCAACACAUGAGGAUCCACACUGGAGAGAAACCAUACACAUGCACUCAGUGUGGGAAGAGUUUUAACUGCUCAUCACACCUUAAUAAACACAUGAGGAUCCACACUGGAGAGAAACCAUACACAUGCACUCAGUGUGGGAAGAGUUUUAACUGCUCAUCACACCUUAAUAAACACAUGAGGAUCCACACUGGAGAGAAACCAUACACAUGCACUCAGUGUGGGAAGAGUUUCGGCCGUUCAUCAUACCUUGAUCACCACAUGAGGAUCCACACUGGAGAGAAACCAUUCACAUGCACUCAGUGUGGGAAGAGAUUCAGCCAAUGGUCCUCCCUUAAUCACCACAUGAGGAUCCACACUGGAGAGAAACUAUUCACAUGCACUCAGUGUGGGAAGAGUUUUAACUGCUCAUCAGACCUUAAUAAACACAUGAGGAUCCACACUGGAGAGAAACCAUACACAUGCACUCAGUGUGGGAAGAGUUUCCGCCAAUCAUCAUCUCUUAAUCACCACAUGAGGAUCCACACUGGGGAGAAACCAUUCACAUGCACUCAGUGUGGGAAGAGUUUCAGCCAAUCAUCAUCCCUUAAUCACCACAUGAGUAUCCACACUGGAGAGAAACCAUUCACUUGCUCUUAAGUCCCGGUCACGCUGGACUUUUCUCAGUUUGUGUGUCAAGUUUCGCAGUUCAUUGCCUUGCAAAGUUCAAGCUUGGUGAACUCUGACCUGUGAAAUCACAUCACUUGAAUGUGUGAAACCAAUCGAAGAUCAAAACAUGACCUCUCUGGACAGAAAUUUUAAAAUAUGGACCAAUCGCUCACUUUUUUAGUGUCUAAUCAUCUUGUUUAAUCCCGCCCCUUUUCGCAGCGCCUUACAACAGAAUUUUGCUUGCUCAAAUUCUAAUGUGACCGCAGCUUCAUUGUGGGAUGAGUUUAAGCAACUCCUCAGACCUUAAUAAAUAUAUGAAGACCCACACUGGAGAGAAACCAUUCACAUGCACUCAGUGCAGGAAGAGUUUCAACCGAUCAGCAAACCUUAAUGAACACAUGAAGAUCCACACUGGUGUGAGAGAGUAUAUGUGCUUGGAGUGUGAGAAGACUUUUGUUACAGCUCCAAAAUUGAAACUGCACCAGACGAUUCACACUGGAGAGACCGAACAAGUGUUCACACUGUGACAAGAGAUUUAAUCAGUUAACACAUCUGAAAACACAAGAGGUUUCACACUGGAGAGAAACUGUACAGAUCAUUCAGCACAGCUUAAGAAACACAUGGACAAAAAGUUGCACACAUGACAUGAAUGCAGCAAAACAUUUUCUCUGUGCACAGGAUGUUUCAUGUCUGAAUAAUGUUUGAAAAGGCUCAGUAUACUGUUUUCCAACACUCCUACACUGCAGUAGGUGGGGUUGUAAAUGUGUCUCGUUUACCGUAAACACAAUGAUGGCGGCUGAGAAAAGAACAGUUUCAUAAACAUCUGGUUAACAGCACCUCUGCGGCUUAAAAUCUCUUUGCAAGUGAUUGUACAGGUGCGGAUACAUCUGUACUCCACUCUUCAGUGUAUUCAUGUAGCCAGUGUUGUUUUAGAUGAUGUUCUCUGUCUGACUCCCUGAUCGAAAAAUCCAGAUUGGAGUAUGUGGUAAAUCCUGAUUGGAUGCCUGCAUUACUCAUUAAUGAGUAUAUAAAAGUUGUUGUGCUAGCUACCCCAGGACACUGUGGCUACUUGGGAGUCCUCAUGUCAAGACCUGCCAUCUCAUUGACUCUUUAAUCUUAUGCACUACUAAUGUCAUCUAGUUAAAGUGUUGUUGUGAUUAUAUCCUAAGUUCUUUAUCUUCAUUAUUAUCCCUAGACAUUUGUUGGUUGCUUUGAUUGAUUGUUCUAUGAGUUACACUUUAUAAUAAAUAAUUUGCA